AAAUAAUUUUGUCUAUUGACAAUUUUGACAUUUCUCGUCAAUUCUUUUCUUGCAAAACCAUUUUAAUUGCAACGUACAAGUGAGAUUGUUCGCGAAACUGCAAACAGAAAUUACAAUUUAAUCGCGUUUUCCCUAUCGCAAAAUGGCACGGUUAAGUUUUUAUUUACUUGCGGCAGUGUUAUGCAGUUUAACAGUAUUGGGUCAAGGCAAUGUGACAAAGGAUGGUGCCCCAGUCACAAUCACAGUGCCAGCGUUAACUUCAACAGAGCCAACUGCGAAACCAGAUACCCCAAAAACAACUCCAGAGAAGAUUACAACUACAACUACUCCUAAAACAACAACAACAGAAACAACCACAACAACAGAGAAGACCACCACAACAACUACAACAACUACAACAACUCCGUCUCCUACCCCUGAGCCCCCUAAACCUACCCCUCCCCCCACCCCUGCACCUACACCAGCCCCUGGUCCAACUCCAGCUCCCAAACAAGGAAAAUGGUGGUACAAGGACAGCAAUAACGUAACCUGCGUAGUAGUACAGUUUGCAGCGCAACUCAACGUCACCUACGCCAAGGCUCCAUCUCUCAUGUACUUCGUGGUGAACGUCUCCCCCAACGCCACGGUGGUGGACGGCAACUGCAGCGACAGCAACCAGUGGCUGACGCUGAGCUGGCCCGUCAACAACCAGACCGCCAACGUGUCGUACAACAACAUGGUGCUGUACUUCCACAAGAACGAAACCACUAAGCAGUACUCGCUGAAGAACUUGAACGUCUCGCUGGCUCCGGAGAUGUUCCCUAACAGCUCGAACACGAACGCUUCCGUCGACUUCUGGCACGGCGAGGAGUGGACGACGCCGCUGUCCACCUCCUACCGCUGCGCCGCGCCCGUGCAGCUCAACCUGACGUCGGACGCGGCCGCCGCCGUGCUCACCAUCUCGCAGCUGCAGGAGGAGGCCUUCCGCGCCGCCGCCGACCAGAGCUUCAGCGUCGCUCGCGAGUGCAGCGGCGCGGACGUGCCGGACGCGGUGCCCAUCGCGGUGGGCUGUGCGCUGGGCGCGCUGGUGGUGGUGGUGCUGGUCGCCUACCUGGUGGCGCGCCGCCGCUCCGCCGCGCAGGGCUACCUCUCCAUGUAAAAGAAAUGGGCGACAGAAGGUCAACGUACGUAGACAAUUAGUGUACAAUUAUAAUUAUACAUGAAAACAUCAUUUCAUUUCAUCGCAUUUAUACACAGAACAUAGAGUCACUCAGUAUAACCUGUAUUUGUAGUUUGCUCAAGUUUUAUGUUUGCAAUCGUAUUAUACGUAUUUUUGAUAAAUUAAGUUAUAUGUGCUUAUAUACAGACCGUACAUUUGCGUCUAUGGUUUAUUAUUUGUCUAUUGUAUAUUAAAAAAACAGUUUAAUUCCUUUCUAAUAAUAUUGCAAAGAUCUGGUAUGCUUUACAGCUUCCGUUUUCUCUUCCAAAUAAAAAAAAUGUGGUAUUGGUACUAUGGUUUGGUAGAAAAAGGUAUUUUCAAGUUGAUAAAUGGUAGUGCAUAAGUUGCAUCAUCACUUACCAUCAGGUGUAAUCAAGCGCCUAAAAAAUGGUUAUUGAAAAUAAUAUAUAUUACGAACAUUUUACAAAUUGCUUCUGGCAGUUAUGAAAAAGAAUUAUUUUUUAGUUUUUUUUACACUUUGUAUGCUUACAAGAUGCCAAUGUAUGGUCGGUAAAUAAGCAAUAACGAGUAUUUAUCACAUUAAAAAUAUUGCAAUAGUGUACAAUUAUAAUUAUUGAUUCUCACAGUAUCUGAUAAUAUUUAUGUAUAAGUGAAAAAUCUAUAACAAAAAUUAUAAUACUAUAAACAUAUAGAAAUACUUAUUAUUUUGCGAAAUGGACUGAAAUAUAAAUUAAAAAAUUAAUCUUCAAGUAAAAAAAAAAACAAGUGAUUUUUUUUCUUUUUCUUUGUAUCCAUUUACUUAUUACUUCAUACAUACUAUAGAUUUUCAGAUUAAAAUUUCGCUUCAUCCAAAAGCAUUCCCUAUUUUGUGUGACGUAAUGGGUAGAUGCGUAAGAUUCAAAAAUCUUGAUAUUAUGCUUCUAAAAUUUAAGACUAAAAAUAUUGUGUGUAUCUAUAAAAAAAAGGAGAAAAAAAAUAGGGAUAUGAUGUUAUUUAAAAUGCAGCCAUUUUUAUAAUCUACUUUUAAACAAGUGAUCGUAAUGAAUAAUUAAUUUAUACUGUUUUCCGCGAAAAUUUCGUCGACAAAUCUAAAUCAGAUUCGACAAAAUACUCUGCGAUAUAAUUAUAUAAUGUAUUUUACUAUUUUUGAAAAAUUAAACCAAUUGGUAGUUAUUAGGUUGUACUUAAUGAUAAUUGUAUGUAGCAUGAUACAGAAAAUCGAAAAAGAAGAAUUGGUUGAUACAUAAUCGAUUCAAAGAAUAUUUAGCUGAAAAAAAACAAAAAAAACUAAAAUUGUGUUAAAAAGUAGAAUGUAAAAAUGGCUGUAGAGUUUCUAAAAUCCUGGAGGGGGUUAUUUAAUUUUCGUUUUUUUUAAAUACUGAUUUUUUACAUUAAGGUUUCCUCUGAAUUAUUGUAUAAUUUUGAUUGACAUUUCCAAAGAUUUCACAUUUGUGUCCUAUUAUACUUCAGUAUAAUAAAGGAUUAAUUAAUGUAUAAUUUUUCUUUUUUAAUGUCAGUAUAAUUUCUGUUUUAUUUUAAUAAUUUUAGGAGCGAUUUGAUACUUCUGAAAUUUACUCGACUAAUAAAUGUUUCUAGUCGAGUAAUUGGACUUCCACAUGUACGAGUGCCCAUAGAUGCAGUUUUGAGAGCUAUAUUUUUUUAAACUUAACGUAAGUCGACAAAGUUUUGACCCAAAAAGGGUGAAUUAGUUCUAUUUAUGUAUGGUACCACAAAAUUGUUACAAAUAAAAACAUGUAAAACAUUGGACAAGCAAAAUAUAUAUAACAACAAUUGUAUAUGUUAAACAUAAUUAAAUAAAUAUUAAGAAUAAAUAAAUAGAAUUGAGGAAA